CGGGGCCCUGAAACAUGAAUGUUUUAGUGCACGCUCGAUAGACAGACAGACUGUCUUUGAUCAUGACUGUAACGUGUGAACGCUGCCAUCGGGCUCGAGUUAUUUAGGUUACACAUGGAAGAUCGGGACGCUUGGGGUUGGAAGUAAACUCGGACGAAGCGUUGGGAAACAGACCGAAGCAAAAGACCCUUAUCUGCCGUUAAAAUGGAGGGGUUUGAAGGAGCCAGCAGCAGCAGCGAGAGCGUUUUAGAUCUGUCUCGCCUGAAUCUGAACGGUAACGGUUUCGACGCGGUCAGCGAGAAGCGCCGGAAGGACGCGAAGCAGCUGUACCUGUGCUACAACCGGCUGACGCUUUUACCCGAGUCCGUCUCUUUAUUCUCCAACCUGGAGCUCCUCGACCUCAGCAACAACUCGCUGUCGGUCCUCUGCGAAGACAUCACCCGCCUGACCAAGCUCAAAACCCUCGUAGCCAAGAACAAUCGCUUGAACGAGUUCUCCCUGCCCAAACACUUCGGCUCCCUGCAGCUGGAAGUGUUGAACUUCAGCGGGAACCGCUUCGAGGAGAUGCCCAGCCAGUGCCUGCAGCUGCCGCGGCUGCAGUCUCUGUCCCUGGGAGGAAACCGGCUGAAGAGCAUCCCAGCAGAGAUAGAGAGUCUCGCCAGCUUAGAGCUGUUGUAUCUGGGAGGUAACCAGAUCUCCUCCAUCCCUGCUGAACUAGCUAACUUACCCUGCCUCAGUUACCUAGUUCUGUGUGAUAAUCGCAUCCAGAGCGUCCCACCUCAACUCAACAGGCUCCAUUCCCUGCGCUCUCUCAGCUUGCAUAACAACCUGCUGACGUAUCUCCCGAGAGAGAUCCUGAGCCUGGUGCACCUGCAGGAGCUCAGUCUGAGAGGCAAUCCUUUGGUCGUACGCUUCGUCAAGGACAUGACCUAUGACCCCCCGUCGCUGCUGGAGCUGGCUGGCCGAACCGUCAAAAGCAAGAACCUCCCGUACUCUCAUAAAGACCUCCCGAGUCAUCUGGUCAACUACCUGGACAUGGCCAGCAAGUGCCCCAAUCCCAAGUGUGCAGCUGUCGUGAAUUCUGACUCAUGCGUCCGUCACAUCAAGUUUGUGGAUUUCUGUGGGAAGUAUCGGCUGCCCUUGAUGCACUACCUGUGCUCCCCAGAAUGCACCUCUCCCUGCAGCUCCAACCCUCAGAGCUCUCCCUGCAGCUCCAACCCUCAGAGCGACGCCGACUCAGACGAUGACAACAGCGUGCCCGCCGAUCGCCUUCAAAGAGUGCUGCUGGGAUAACCUCGCUCACCCCGCGCACGUCUCCUCCUCUCUCACUUACAGUGUUAUCAGCAGGAACUUUGAACUUUACAGCCAGCUGGCUUGAGAACCUCUCAGCUGAAGCCAAAUCUUAUUGCCAAGCGAUUGAGCAAGUGGCAUUCUGGGAAAGACAUCUGCAGAUCGUUUCUCUUACAAAGGCCUUGCUUUGCAAAGGCGAAAUCAAAAACACUGGCGGUUCAGAAUAGUUGUUAGUUAUAUUAACUAAGUUGCCUUGGUCAUCAAUCUGUUUAGCUCUUGCACUUUUAUGUUAGAAGACGCCGUUGGGGCACACGCAUAUCUUUUGCUUGGCAAUAGGUUGCUUCGUCUAACUUGAUUUUUUUUCUCAUUACGCACAAAGAUUUACUGUGAAAUAAACAGCGAGAGCAUUUGCUUUUUUCGGUUGUGAGAGGUUUAGCAGAAGGCUUUCUUCAUGCUUCCUGCAGCACUGUCAAACAGUGCUACAUCUUCAAAACCUCUUAUUUCUGCAAAAUGUUUCUUCUGUGUUAGUUUUGCUAACACUUUGCGCUUGCGUUCAAAAACCGGGGCAGCGUCUGAAAUCUUGAGAUAAACGGUGACAAAGGUCACCAGUGACUUUGUUUUGAAGGUUAAUUCUUCACUCUUCAUUAAUAUAAAAUACGAUAUUGUUACAGAGUCAGUGGACAAAUUUGUGAUGAGUUUCUGGCAUUAUUAUUUUUUUUUUUAAGCUGAACUUUGUUCUUCAAACACUUCCUGUUUUAUAAACUCAGUUUCUUUUGUUGUCUUACACUCUUAGGCUUAACCAAUAUUGACUAUGCAAAUAACGAAUGCAAUCAUCAUUUCAGAGUUUUAAAAUUCAUAUCUAAAGCUUUUAUACUAAAUAAUCUUUUAUGAUGUUUUCUAUAUAUCAGUGACGAGAUAGAAUGUAUUUUAUUUAAGAUGAUGAAGGCAGAUUUGAAUAACAUUCACUCCUCUAAUGGUUAUAAACAUGUAUUUGCACUUCUUAUGUAGAGUACUAUAAUAAUAAAAACAUAUUAUAAUAA